UCACAACUCACAACUCACAACUCACAACUCACAAGUCUCCAUUCACUUCAACUCCGCAACUACUCCACCAGAAAAAGAAAACAGGAAGCAAAAUAAGAAAACGAGGAGGAGAAUAUUACAUCGCUGAACUUUAGAAUGAUGGAAAAAGAAGCAAAAAGGGAAGCCUUUAGGAAGUACUUAGAAUCAAGCGGUGUUGUUGAUGCUCUAACCAAAGUUCUUGUUGCAUUGUAUGAGCAAAAUAGCAAGCCUAGCUCCGCUGUCGAAUUCGUACAACAAAAAUUGGGGGGCCCUACUGUUGCUGAAUAUGAGAAGCUUAAAGCUGAGAUGUCUGACCUACAGGCAAAAUACAAUGAUCUUCUUGCCACUCAUCAAGAGACUUGUAAGCAGUUGGAGCAGCUCAAAAAUUCUUCCACUGUGACCACUUCAGAAGAGACCAUUGAAGAUAAUACCCAUCAGGUAAGUCAUGAAGGUGACAAGGAAGAACCAGUACUCUAGAUUAAAACUUGGCCUAGCAAGAUAUUGCCGACCAUACGGAUUUAUGUUAUGGCUGAUUUAGCUUAUCUCUGAAAUCAUAUGUAAAGUUAUGGCUUUCUUUUUUUCUUUACUUCUCAUUUAUUUUGGCUAAUUAAUUGGGUUUUUAUUCAUAAAGAUAUACUUGAAUUUCUUUAUCUUUAUGGAGUAUAUACGUUUGAUCUGUAACAACAAUGAUGGAGUUAUGUAUAGAUUGUGAAGUUGUGAUGUAAAUAUACUGCUUUCAUCAGGCUUUCUUUUUGAACUUUAAUUAUAUGUUCUCUUUUCCUUGA